UAAUUUCCGAUUAAUCCCCGAUUUUCUCUUUAGGCGCUAGGCCCAACCCGACCGCCCGACUAGCGCCUAGCGCGUUCCCGAACAGGGGGUGUAACCUACAAAUAUACUGUUUCUUAUGAUAUUCAAUUGAAAUCCAAAAUAUGAUCUCAUACCCUUUAGUUAGUGUGGUGGGUUGUUUUGAACCCAGAUCGCUUAGCUUCUCAAAGCCUGCCUACCACUACCACUAGACCACUCAUGUGUAUAGAAUGACAUUAACUGUGAAUGUUGAAACCAACUUUCUCUAACGAUCCACAUAAAUCCUCAACUUUUCAAGAAUGACAAACUAUCUCCCAGAUCCCUUAACCACUUCCACUAAACCCAGUCUUAUUAAAGAAGAAGAACGAUUUGAUGAAGAAACAUUGAGCUUACAAGCAGAGCGGAUCUUGUACUCCGUUACAUUCCCUAUGGUUUUCAAAACCGCCUUGGAACUUGGCGUUAUUGACACGAUCGUAGCUGCACAAGGUGUAUGGCUCUCGGCUGCUGAUAUUGCACUUCGUCUCCCAACAAAACCCACCAACCCGGAGGCACCGAUUUUGUUGGACCGGAUGCUGGUUUUACUAGUCAGUCAUUCAAUCUUGACGUCCCGUAUGGUUGAAGCCGGAGAGAACGGUCAAACCGGAAAUGGUGAGAGGCUAUAUGCUGCUGAACCGGUUUGCAUGUUUUUCUUAAACCGUGGAGAAGGCUCAGGUUCUCUCGCGUCUCUGUUUAUGGUUGCCCUAAGCGAAGUCUAUUUUAAGAGUUGGACUCAUCUCAAAGAUAUGAUUAUAGAAGGAAAAGAUGCAUUCACCUCUGCUCAUGGCAUGAAACUCUUUGAAUACAUUGGUUCAAAGGAACCGUUCGGUGAGCUGUUUAACCGGGCAAUGUCAGAAGCUUCUGCCCUCACCAUGAAGAAAGUUUUAGAAGUUUAUAGAGGAUUUAAAGAUGUAAAUACUUUAGUGGAUGUUGGAGGAGGCAUUGGAACUGUUAUAAAUCUAGUGGUUUCCAAGUAUCCUCACAUCAAAGGCAUCAAUUUUGACCUACCCUCAGUAUUAGCCCAUCCUUCUGUUUAUCCAGGAGUGGAGAAUGUUUCAGGAGAUAUGUUUAAAGAAAUUCCAAACGGAGAUGCCAUCUUCUUGAAAUGGAUACUACAUGAUUGGACAGAUGAAGAUUGUGUAAAAAUUCUAAAAAAUUGCUGGCAAAGUCUUUCUGAGGGAGGAAAAGUGAUAAUAGUCGAAAUGACUACUCCCGAAAAUACAAAGAUCAACGACUUCUCUUCGAACAUUGUGUAUGCCAUGGACAUGUUGAUGUUAACCCCUGUUCGAAAACGCGGCCACCUAGCCGCCUAGGCGGCCAUUUAGGCGUUGCUCGGAGUCCAUCCGCCACGAUUAUGACCUGAUCGGUCACACUAGGCGCUGGACCGCGUUAACACGCUUUGACCGUGUAUUAUCUGCGUAAUAUUACCAGUCUUAAACGCUUAAAACUCAAAAAAAAAUAAACUACUGGGCCUACAGCAGAUUUAUGGAAACCCAAUUGCAAGUUAUAAUGAUGGCAACUCUAAAUGAGUAUUUAUAGGCGUCUUCAGCAUUACCCUUCCUUAUGUUUAACCGAUGUGGGACUUUGUUUCAUAGGUGUUUUUAAAAAAAAAAAUUUAAUUAAAAACACCCUACUGUUGGAUCGAUCCCUGUACCUCAUAAGAGGUUGACAACAUCAAACACCAAUAGACCACAACGUCUUUUGACGUAUGUACAUAUACUGACACAUAUAUAAACAUUAUUGUAAUAAAAAUAUGACAUUAACAAUAACUUUUGUUAAACCAAUAAAUUAAAACUUCAAUAAUAUACAAAAAACUAUUACAUUCUAAUAUAUUUAUAUUAUAUAUUUAAUUUAAAUAUUAUUAUAAAUAUAAUAGUAAUAAAAACUAGUCCCUGCGUAUACCCCGAUUAAUCCCCGAUUUUUCGAUAACUCGCUAGGCCCGGAAUCACCGCCCGACUAGCGCUUAGCGUAGUUUCGAACAGGGUGUUAACCCAAUGCUCGGGUGGUAAGGAGAGGUCUUUCUCCCAGAUCAAGAAUUUAGCCUGUGAUUCGGGUUUUGUUCGUUGUGAAAUCAAAUGUCAUGCCUACUCAUAUUGUAUUAUUGAGCUCCACAAAUAGAUUAAAAAUGUUACGAAAGAAGUUUCAUCCCGUCCUUGUGAAGACCACAAACCUAAGAAGUUUCUUUCUUAUUUCGAUUCGAUCCAAAAAAUCCGUAUAUCCAUAAUUUUUCGGAAUAAAACAUAUUUUAAAAAAGUAGUUUCUUUGUUCUCAA